AUGAAAUAUCGGUUAGAUUAUAAAGAAGAACAAGAACAAGAACUAGAAGUGUUGAAAUCAAUUUAUCCGGAUGAAUUUGAAGAAAUUCCUGAAAUGUCAUUAGAAGUUUUGGAGGGUUCGUUAGAAGAGAAUGAACAUGAUAAAUUUUACACAGAUUUAAUUAAUAUGGCUCGGGAUUCAAUAGGAAUGGCAAUGGUAUUCACAUUAACAUCAUUCCUCAAAGAUUCCUUAACAACUUUUGUGGUAGAACGACAGGAACAAAGAAAAAAGGCUGAAGAAGAUCGAAUUAGAAAAGAAAUUGAGGCAGAACAUGCCAAAUUUCAAGGUACAAAAGUAACAGUCGCAUCGUUCUUAGAAUGGAAAGAAAAUUUUGAACGAGAAAUAGCAGAAAAAGAAAGAAAUACGAAAAGUUUAGCCUUAUUAAAAAAAGAAGAAAUGAGAAAGAAUAAACUCACUGGUCGACAAUUAUUCGAACACGACCAAGCGCUUGCUAAGUCUGAUGCCACAUUUAUGGAUGAAGACGAUGUUGCAGUUGAUAUUUCGUUAUUUGAAAGAGAGGUUGAUGUGGAAAGUGAAGAGGAUGAAAAUGAUGUUCUUGAUUUAGUAAGGAAUAGUACUGAUGAAUAA